UAUGACUGCCGAGUGGCCUAUUGAGCUGCAUGCCUUUUAUUUUCCUGUCUUUUGAUCGGGCAGUGUCGAAGUGGCAUUGGUGAUCUUGCAAGCACUCUCGCUACUGUUGGCAUUUAUUCGUUGAUUUUGUCCGCAUGAUCUUUCCGGUUGUACAACCAGCAUAUGCGUUGUUCAUAUGCAAUUAACCCGCCUAUUGUAUAUCAAACCCAAAGCAUGUCUCAAUCAGCCUUUGCUAUCGUCGUUGCGUUGUCUGUUGCAAUAUUUCAAUAUGUAUUGUAUCAAGUGCGAGAAUAUUCUCAAUCUCGAUAUUCUCAUGGGAACCUCUCAAGGAGUCCAAGCUGUAGGCCAAGAUGCACCACAGCCGUACCCGCACCAUGAGAGCAUUUCAACACUUGCACUCUCAGCUAAGGUAGGUUGUGCUCUCUGCAAGGUUGUGCUGAAGAGUGUGAGUAAAUAUCAUCUGAAUCGGUUGGGAGCACUGCACGGUGCUAAAGCGCAAAUAUAUUUUGAGCUUUCCCGGCAAGAUGCCCUCUGCUUCCUUACACAACGACGUUCUUUCUGGGAUGCUACUACUUUUCGGCGCCUCGAAUCGUAUGCUUGUGAAGGUGUGACCCCAGUACGUGAAGCUCUUCAAACUUUCCGCUGAGAAAUGCAAGCGAUGCUGUCUCGAAACUUGUUCCAAAUAGGUUCGCCAGGCGACCGCUAGCGCAGGAUGUUCGUGGAAAAUAUUGCUUCGAUAUUAUCAGAUUCUGGUUGCGGACAUGUCUCGAUGAACAUAAAAAAC